AUGGGAGGCUUAUUGCAUUUUUUUGAAUUCAAUCAAGGGAGGAUGGCCAAGAAAGUUCAUGCUCACAAGAGACAUCAUGUUGACUUCGAAACUCCUCGAAAUAGUUUAGAUCUGCAAGAAGAAACAUCUCAGAAAUACGGUCCGCGAGGAGAAUUACCUCACCAUUAUCAAGUAGAAGAAGAUUGGUGCGAAAAUAACCGUUACUCAAACACCGGUUCGAUGAAAAAGUUGAUCAGUGAAGAGCUAUCAGCGCGAACAAGCACAAGGCAAAAUGCACCAAGCAUUGUGGCAAGGUUGAUGGGGUUAGAUAUGAUGCCGGCAGAGACUAAAUCUGCUGCUCCAUCAGACAAAAGAAUAAGUGAAAAUACAGCAAAGAAGUAUUCAAACAAGAGAAUGAAUGGUUCCAACUUUAAUUCUUCUAGCCAUAUUGAAUUUGAUUCGGUUUACGAAGCCAUAGAUGACGAUGAUGAUGAUGAUGAUGAUGAUGGAUGGAGCUGGAGUUUUGGAGAACCGAGGCCACGGGAACAUCCACAGGAAGAGGAACUUCAGAAAUUCAAGAAAGAGUUUGAAGCAUAUCAAGCUGCAAGGUUUCAAGAAUGUUCGAGGUUUGCUGAAAUCGGAAGUGUUUCUAGCCGAUUGAUCUUUCAAGAGAAUCUGAACAAGGAAAAGGCUGCACAUAAUAUAAGCAUGCAAAGGAAAGUAUUUCCUUCAAAGAGCAGAACUCUAAGUAGAGACUUUGAAGAGUCAUUAAUGAUAAAAUCUUACAACAGAUUAGGGGCAUCUUCUUCUCCGACUCGAAUAGUUAUCUUGAAGCCCGGUCCUGAUAGUAUAUUCAGCCAUGAAGAGAAUUGGACCAGUGCUUCAGGAGCUUUACCUGGGAGACAUAGUGUAGAAGAUUUUCUUGAGGAGGUGAAAGAGCGUCUAAAAUGCGAACUCCAAGGAAAAAAUGUCACAAAAGGAAGUGAAAUCGAGACACUGCGCAAUAUAAAACCCUCUGAUCCUAAACUCAUUGCUCGUCAAAUAGUAAAGCAGGUCAAAGAAAAUGUGAAUAGAGAUUCUGACUCGAAUUCAACUAGAUCAUACAAUGGUGAAGUGAAGUGCAAUGGACCGAAUUAUCCGGAAUUUAUCAGUAGAGAUACAAGGAGUUACUUGUCAGACAAGCUAACAAAUACUGUAAAAAGUGAAAGACGCGAUGAUGACAUUUAUGAAGUGAACUCAAGAUCACAUGCAUUUGACAAUCAAAGAGUUAGACUCAAGAAAACAGAAGGUAUUUUGCAUUGUGCAAAUGAAUGGGAAAUAUCAAAAGAGGAAACAGAAAUACAAACAGGAUCUUUCAGACACGAACCAGACAACGACAUUUUGCUCCACAGAGAGUUAUUAUCUCCAAGGAACCUUGUAAGAUCAUUGUCAGCUCCUGUAUCAAGAUCAGGAACAUCAUUUGGAAAGCUUCUUCUAGAGGACAGACACAUUUUAACCGGUGCUCAUAUUCGGAGAAAGCUCGAAGCUGUUGAAACUAUGUCUGUUAAUGUUAAAAAACAGAAAAAAGAGAGGUUUAAUCAUAUAAAAGAAAGGGUCUCCAAUUUUAGAUACAGUUUUGCUCUAAGAGGGAGGCUCUUUGGCAAGAGGAACCAAUCAAUGGCAGAAUCACACGAAAAUGAAUACCGUCCAGCAAUGACAGAUAUCAGAAGUGGCCCGACCGUGCUUAUGAACUGCGGCAGCGAGAGACAUGAGAACUACACUGAGGUACCUCCUAGUCCUGCAUCUGUAUGCAGUAGUGUUCAUGAAGACUUCUGGAGACGAAGCGAAUAUUUAAGUCCAAUAUCAACUCCUGAUGUGUCCUCAAGAGAUGAUACUGUUAUGCCUCAAGUUUUCAGAGAUAUCAGCUCUGGUUUAAAUGAGCUAAGAAGACAACUCAAUCAACUUGAUUCUGAUGAUGUUGAUGUUGAGGACUUCAGUAUGAAACAUGAACCUUCUGAGUCUGAAUUGAUGCAAAUAAAUGAUCCAUCAGAAUCUUACAUAAGAGAUUUACUUCUCGCGUCUGGCCUAUACUUCGGUUCUUGGGACAAAUCUUUGUUAAGAGGGGACACAUACGCGAAGCCUAUUGGAAAUUCAGUUUUCGAAGAAGUUGAAGAAUCUCAUAAGAAUUUAAUCAAGGAGAAUGAUGUGAAUUUCACAAAGGAUCAAAGCGAGAGUAGCCACAAGAUUUUGCUUGAUUUGUUAAACGAGGCACUUUCGGAUGUUCUUGGACCGCCUUCCACAUUGUCUAGAUUCAGAAAGAAAUUAUGCAAGUCUUCCAUGUUGUCGCCGCCUCAAGGAAAGGAACUGUUGAAGUUAGUAUGGGAAAAUAUCCGCGUCUCGUUACAUCCUUCAUCUGAUAUAUCUCAUUAUUCAGUUGAUACUUUGGUUGCUCAACACUUGAGUUCAAUUCCUUGGUCUGGAAUAAUCAAUGAUGAGAUAAAUAUAUUAGGAAGAGAGGUAGAAUGUCUUAUAACUAAAGAUCUUGUUGAAGAACUCACAAAGGAUUUGCUUUGA